UUGGAUUCAGGAUCCCCCUUCGACAUCAGCUCCUAGGACUCAGACAAACUCUUUACCUCGAGCGGUUCCCCGGAGGGGGAUUGGAGAUGCGGAGUGCUAGCAAUACCCAACAUCUUUGGCCUGCCAAUGCACUAGCGAAAUCAUUAUCGGGAACUCUAAACUUCAGCUCUCUGGCACUAUACAAUAACCGUGGACCAAACAGUGGACCUUCAACAUUUUACCAACACUCUCCUGGUCAUGCUGAAUCUCGGCGGAAGGACUCUUUUUCCUGUCUCGAAUUCUCAGUUCGAUUGAGUCCUCACAGCAGUUCGAUUGAGCACAAGGGAAGAUAUUGAUGACGGGUCCCGGUACAGAUUGUGGAACCGGGUCUGAUGCUCUGGUUUACCUCCCAAUUGAGAGCACGAAAAGUAUGCCUGGGAACCAUAGUCUCAUUGAUUUCGAGAAAUACGAUCUCCUAGCUGUGCUCUGGUGAAGUGGUGAUUCCAGGCACCUACUCUCUUGAAUCACGCCGAGAUGGGCUCCACUGGCUGAGAUGUUCACCAACCAUGAUUCAAUUAUUCUCUUCAUGCAUGGGCGUUCACCAGGCCCCAAAAGUCCCAGCUCAUCGGCUGGGACCUGUCAGCCAUGCAUAAAUCGCACCUAAUAAUAGAUACAAGAAGCCGACGAUCAGCCCUCAAAAUUGAAUUUAUACCAAGCAGGUCAAGCGCGGCAUCGGUCUUUUGGCAACAUCAAUAAAGUCCACGUUCGAUCGAUUACAUACAAUGGGAAGUCACAAAACGUCCAACGCUAAUAAAGGUGUCUUCUGGGAGUCACAAGCUAUUAUUAUUCGUGAAAGGAGACCAGAUGUGGAUCUAGUGAACUCUGUUUACCCAUCUCUGGAAGGUCACUUGGAGGCUUCGAUUUGCACUUUACGAGGAGGAUAAUUAACCAAUCUAAUGAAGCUAAGCGUCCACCCAUGUCCACCAGCUAAGCUCGAUCAAGAAAUUGGCGGCUACUAAGGCUCUAGUCAUGUCUCCCGUUCUCCGAAGCUCCAAGCAAUUUGUGAGGAAGUUAUAGAGCUGUCCGUACCGUACCUGAAAGGCUUGCGUGAGGCUGCUGUUGCCGCCUCAUCGUCCUCUUUACAUGUCUCCUCUCUUUACCAGGCAGAGCAAGGAAGCCGAAGCACGGCGAGACAACCAGCGUAGGAGAAGAUGCCCAAUUCAACCACCUGUGCUAACCUGCACCAAACCAGCAUGACACCAAUGCCCGCGUCGGCUCCCAAAUUGAUGUCGCCUAGCGUCCCCGACUAGAAAGAAAGCCCGAAAGCCAGAGGAUGGCCCAAUAAUAAUAAUUCUGUUCAUCUGGACUCAUUUCUUGAGCCUUUCGACUCGUUUUUAGCCAAGUGCUUCUCGUCCAACGCUUUCUAAUUCUAAAAUGCUAGCGCGCAUGCCUCGAUCGGUGACUUAUUCCUUAGCUUGAUAUCGGACAACCUCAAGCUCGAAAAAAAUGGACAGGCAAGAAUGAAAUCUUCCCCCUGUCGGGGCGCUGUCACUUUCUUUUUCCACGAUCCAGCCGAUACCACUCCCAUCUCCAGGCUCUCUGUGUCUCGCUCUCUGCCUACAACUUUACUCUGCUAUCGACACUCCUUGUAUUCGCCUUGUAAGGAAUUAAGGGGGCCGGUGUGCUUCAUCAUGUCAUUCCCCCCCUCCCCCCCAAAUCUAACAGCUCCAAUUUUCGCAUGAAUUGAUUUAUUCUGGCCCUUGUCAUUCCUGGAUUCCUGGGCAGCCGCCCGAUUGCGAAAGCAUUUCCGCCCCCGCCAGGCCCGACACCACCAGAGAUGUUUGUCAGUUUUCGUCGGCCGGCGGCUAGGCACCGCAAGCUCAAGCCGCUGGCGUGCGCGCUGCUAUUAUGCACUUUCCUCACUAUGACACACUACAUCAUCUUGAGAUUUCGCAUUUCAGUUCCGCCACCAACGAAUCUUGUAAUACCAGACUCCUUUGGUGUUCCACUGGCCAUUGUGAUGGGCAAAACGAAGGGGGAGAAUGCGAAUUGGGCAUAUUCGAUGUUCCCAGAAUGGACUCCGUUUGUCUACAGCGUCGACGACGAACCAGGCUAUGGCCUGCGCGUGCCCAACCGCGGCCGCGAAUCCAUGCCCUACCUCACCUUUAUAAUUGACCACUACCACAGCCUCCCAGAUAUCGUUGCUUUCGUGCACGCCAACAAUAGACAAUGGCACAACCAAGAUAUCGGCUACUAUAACGACCACGUUCUCCGCCGGCUGCGCCUCGAGACCGUUCGCGAGAGAGGGUACGUAAACCUGCGCUGCCGGAACAGCCCAGGUUGCGAGCCCUCCAGCGUCCUCCCGCAUAACCCGAGCUUGGUAGAGGUAGAGCUGAACGACACCCGCUCACGCUUUGCCAAUAUCUAUGCACAUUUGUUCGAGAUAGAUGAUGUGAAGGAGGUACCGCACGUAAUUGGUUCAGUGUGCUGUGCGCAGUUUGUGGUGACGCGAGAACGAAUUUUGCAGAGGCCGCUGAGUGAUUACGAGCGGAUGAGAUCGUGGGUAUUGUCAGGGUCUCGGCCGAUGAAUGAUUAUGAUGUCGGGUGGGUGUUCGAGAAGCUAUGGCAUGUGAUUUUUGGUCAGCCGCCAGUAUACAGCUGCAUAUCCGAAUCGCAAUGCCUCUGCGAGCUCUACGGGAAAUGCGGACCACCAGGGCCCCGGGAGCUCAAAACAGUAUUUGAACCUGUCUCAUAAUUCUUUUUUUGUCUCUUCCUCGGGAUAUCGGAAUCACUUCUCCUUUAAUAUUUCUAAUGUCGCGAUCACUUUUCUCUAUUCACCUAUACCAGGGUUUUAUCUGUUAUAAACCCACAUUGUUCCCUUACCCACCCGCGUUAUUUUAUGCCCUUUUUGCGAGAAAUUGAGGGACAAAGAGAAAGAGGCGCAACAAGAAAUCGGAACAUUAGAAAGGUUAAUUCUCUAUAUAGAGAUGAUUUUUGCAUUUGGACGGCAUGGAAGCGUUGGCGCUUCAUAAUUUUAACAGUGCAAAGUAUAUUGAAUUACGCCAUCCAUUUACGUACAUACUUUGAUGGAAAUAAAAAUAAUACGUACACUUUCUUCUCUUUGCUUCUUCCUUCCACUCCAUUAACCAGUCUUUGACAUAUACUAGUUUAACACUAUAGAGCCCUUCUCCCCUUUAACAUUGC